UAAUCCUGACGUCCUAGAACCUGAAUUCUGUAGAACCAGAACCUAAAAAAUGAAUAAUAAUCUAUCGUCAAUUCACAUUUUGAUGCAUGUUUUCCGCUUUACUUCAUUAAUUUAAAGUUUCAGAAACAAUUUUGAAAAACUUGUCUUUUAAUGAUUUUUCUUUUGAGCAAUGUUAUAUUUGGUACCGUCCAAGCCUACCUCACCUUUAGAAUAAAUUGAUGAUUUAUUAACAAAUCAAAUUGGUAAUUCCUGUAAGAACAUGUGAAAAAACUGGAAAAACCCGAGUGAUCAUUUGUACUGGACAAAUAUUAAUAAUUGCUCUGAAAAUACUUUUUUUUGGAAACAAGAUGGGAUUUUUGAAUGGAAGAGCCUUGCAUUAUGUUUUCAAGAUUCCUGACCGGAAAGAAACAAUCAGAUUUUAUCGAGAAGUUUUAGGCAUGAAAGUUUUGAGACACGAAGAAUUUUCUGAAGGUUGUGAAGCUACAUGUAAUGGACCAUACAAAGGACGAUGGAGCAAAACCAUGGUGGGAUAUGGAUCAGAAGAUACACAUUUUGUGAUAGAGUUAACCUACAAUUAUGGGAUACACUCAUAUGAUAAGGGAAACGACUUUAUAAAGAUAACCGUAAAAAGUAAAGAAGUUUUAGAACGAGCUAAGAAAGAAAAUUGGCCUAUUUUAUCUGAGAACAUACUAGAAGCACCUGGUGGAUAUGCUUUUAAGAUAAUUGAUGAACCCCAACCCACCACCACAGAUCCAGUUCAGAAAGUAACUUUGGCCUCAUCUAAUUUGGCGAAAUCUAUUGAAUAUUGGAAUGGAAUACUUGGAUUGAACAUUUUUGAAAAAACAGAUAAUUCGGUUACCGUUGGAUUCAAAGAGAAUGAAGCAAAAUUGGAAUUAAUUGAUGUUGGAAAGUCCAUCAAUCGUGGAAAGGCUUUUGGACGCAUCGCUUUUUCUAUUCCAUUUGCUGAACAGGACAUCCUAAACAAAAAAAUUGAAGACACCAAACAAACAGUGCUCACUCCCCUUAUAUCUCUUGACACUCCUGGCAAAGCUACUGUUCGUGUGAUAAUUUUGGCAGAUCCAGAUGGGCACGAAAUUUGUUUUGUAGAUGAUGAAAAUUACAAGGAUCUUUCUCAACCUGAUCCUCAUAGUGAGAGAGUUCUUAAUAAGCAGAUUGAGUUGGAUAAAUCUUAGAAAUUGAAGAAACGGAAGUGAAUCUAUUUGGUUUAUCUUAAAUUUACUAGCAAUAUCAAGAGUUUUGUUGAAUUGUGAAAAUAUUUUAUCUGUUGAUUAUAUGUAGGGGAAUUUAAUAAUUAUGUAAGGGGCCAAUUAAAUAACUAUUCCACGAAUUUC